AGUGCUGUUUUUUUAAUUUUUUCAAUAUUCCAUUCACAUAUCGGAAAAUACACCUAGUAAUCCAUCUAGUAUGAAUGUGAGUCUUAGAGUAUAAGUGAUAAUUUGAUAACAUUUCUGGCUGCAACAUGUCGAACACUGCGAAAUAGAGGGAUCAAUGACCAUUUUCCAUGGUAUGCGACUUCGUGACUAUCACACUGGCAGGUAAAAUCACAUCUACAGGAUGGACGCACAUAGUAAUCAUGGAUCAACAGGCCAAUUGUCUAACGCAAGCGGUAUUGGGCCAGGGGGUAUGCAUCACUCUCUAUCUACUCCUGCUGGAGUAGAUGGAGGAGGUAGCAGAACACCACCACCAACACCUAAAAAGGGUGGAAAAAUGCUAGCAAUAAGGAUCCAAAUGUUAGACGACACUGUGACAAUCUUCCAAAUUCAAGCCAAAGCAAUAGGAAAAGUACUUUUUGAUCAAGUUUGUAAACAACUGCAUCUUUUGGAAGCUGACUAUUUCGGAUUAGAAUAUGCCGACACCGGAGGAACCAAAUAUUGGCUGGAUCUUCAGAAGCCCCUAUCCCGACAGUUGGGUCUCUCUCUGGUGGAUCCAUUAUUAUAUUUUUGCGUCAAAUUCUACACUCCGGAUCCUGGUCAACUGGAGGAAGAAUUCACCCGUUACUUGUUCUGUCUACAAGUCAAGAGAGAUUUGGCGCAAGGCGUCAUGCAAUGUAACGAAAACACUGCAGCUUUGAUGGCUAGCUAUAUCGUACAGGCAGAGUGUGGCGAUUUCGUCACCGAGGAUUAUCCUGACCACACUUACUUGUCCACAUUCAAGUUUGUUCCUUCUCAAGAUCAUGAAAUGGAAAGAAGGAUCAUGGAGAAUCACAAAAAGCACGCAGGUCAAUCUCCUGCAGAAGCCGAUUUGAAUCUUCUGGAAACCGCGAGAAGAUGCGAACUUUAUGGAAUCAAAAUGCACCCGGCUAAGGAUCACGAGAAUAUUCCACUCAAUUUGGCGGUAGCUCAUAUGGGCAUUUUGGUAUUUCAGAACUACACCAAAAUCAAUACUUUUUCGUGGGCGAAAAUCAGAAAGAUAUCGUUCAAGAGGAAAAGGUUCCUGAUAAAGUUACAUCCGGAAGGCUAUGGUUUUUACAAGGACGCAGUCGAAUUUCUUUUCGAAGGAAGAAACGAGUGUAAGAACUUCUGGAAAAAGUGUGUGGAAAACCAUGGUUUCUUCAGAUGUUCGUCGGUUAAAAACGUGUCGCGUCAUAAAACAAGGGUUUUAUCACGAGGAAGUUCUUUUAGAUAUAGUGGAAAAACGCAGAAGCAAAUCAUCGAGUUUGUCAGAGACAAUUAUGUGAAACGGCAAGCUUUCCAAAGGUCGGCUUCGUUCCGGCAUUCAAGCGCUCAUUCUAGCGCAACCAAUAUGCACUCCAAUACUGUGGGCAACAGCAUUUCAGCCCAUCCACUGUUGCCACUCGCCGACGCCAACCUGAGCGUGGAAGCAGCCAAACUCUCAGCGUCUCUGGGCUCGACGGGAUGGUCAGCAGCGGCAGCGGACCGCCCGGCUUCUCCGACGACGAAGCCAGCCUAUCGCCAUCGCGUCACACCUACGACCUGGAGCUCGGACAGCAGCACCACCACCACCAACCAGCGCAGCACGCCGCAAGGAGAACGCACCGAAACUCGGCUACCUGCACCUCCGAAGAUGACGAGCACGGCCUCGUCUCCUCCGACGACGCGAUCGCCGUCUCCGGAGAGUUCGCCGAUCGCCACCAGUCGUACCAGAAGUGCGAAUAUCGACGAUCGCAAGAAGACAGGAUCUUUGGAUGCCCGGAGACCCCAGUACAGCAGCCCCCAUCGAGACGUUCACGAAGCGGCAGUUCACAAGACAGACACAGAUAACAACAAGGUGAAAUCCCUUAGUUUCGCGGAAAAACUGAACGGGAGCCAUCUUUCUCAGCUGAACAACAACCUGUCAUACCUGACGUCGACGCCCACGAACCGGACGCCCAACGAAAAAUUGUCCGAUCUAUCUCUGAACGCGACCAACGGUCACUACGAGUUGGAGAAGGCGGACAAGCUGAGUCCGAUCAGGAACUACAACAACGAGCAGUUGAUGAACAGUCUGAACGCCAACAACGACAUCAGCGGCAUCACCACCACCAUUAUAGCUGAUAUCGAGGGAGAGGUGAAGAAGAAACACAAGUUCGUGGAGAAGGGAUAUUACAUGGCCAAAGAAAUCUACAUGACUGAAAUUACUUAUAAGAAGGAUUUGGAUGUUAUUAAUGUGUGGUUUAGGGACGAUGUAGGAAGGUUAGCCGUGGAAGAAUGCGAAUCGCUCUUGACCCUGAUAAAGCCCCUGGCUGAAGCCCACGGUUCUUUACUCAAGGACUUGGAGAACAGAAUCCACGGUUGGGAUUGCAAAGGGGGAUGGAGAUCCUCGCAGGGGAAGAUCGCGGAUGUCUUGCUCGCUCAUCUGCCGCCUCUCAUAUCGCUGUAUCAGGAGUACAUGGACGAGCACAUCAACGUACUCGAGAAUCUGGACGUCGCCUUCAAGCAGAAUCCGCAGUUCGAGCAGACUUACAGGGAGUUCGAGACGCAGAAAGUGUGCUAUUUACCUUUUACCACUUUCGUGCUGCGUCCCCUCCACAGAUUGAUCCAGUAUCGAUCUCUCAUCGAUCGGCUGUUGAAAUAUUACGGACCGAACCAUCCGGAUCGUAGCGAUUGUCUCACCGUCGCCAACUGUCUGAAAGCGAUCAUCGAUCCGGUACCGGAGAUCCUCGAAGAGUCCGAGAACAUUUCCACCUUGUGCGAGUUGCAAAAGGACAUCGUCGGAUUCGACAAUCUCUACCAGCCGGGCAGGAAGUUCAUAAGGCAGGGGUGUCUGCUCAAAUACUCCAAGAAGGGAUAUCAACAGAGGAUGUUUUUCUUGUUUUCAGACAUUCUGCUGUAUACGUCUCGCUCUCAGGCGACGCUGCAGUUCAGGGUACACGGUCACAUGCCCCUCAGAGGCGUGCUCAUCGAGGAGCCGGAGGGGGAAUUGGCCAACUGCGGAUUCAUAAUUUACGGUGGAAGCAGGUCUCUUAUCGUCGCCGCCAACUCUCACGACGAUAAGGAAAGAUGGAAGACCGAUCUCAAGGCGGCCAUUCAAGAGGCCAAAGACAAGAGCGAUACCAAAACGAAUUAUCUUAGUUUGAAAAGUUACAGUUCGUCUGAGGAACUGAUAGAUCAUUGCGGUAAUGAUGUAGGCACUCAGACUAAGGCGACAGCCCAAAGAAGUAAUACGACAGUACAUGUGUGCUGGCAUCGCAGCACUAGCACUGGGAUGAAGGAUGAACUUUUAGUUGUUGAAAAUCAACUGUCUGGUUUUCUGUUGAGGAAAUUCAAAAGUAGUAAUGGCUGGCAGAAACUUUGGGUGGUAUUCACGAAUUUCUGCCUGUUUUUCUACAAGGGUUGUUUCGAUGAAUUUCCUCUAGCCUCUUUGCCACUUUUAGGGUAUACGAUCGGAUUACCCACUGUGGAAGAUGCUAUUUAUAAGGAUUUUGUAUUCAAAUUGCAGUACAAGAACCAUGUUUACUUCUUUAGGUCCGAGUCGGAGUAUACUUUCAACAGGUGGAUGGAAGUGAUCAGUAAUAUAACACAGAGCAAAUUAAAGAAAAAACUCGCGCAAUUAGUGGAUGAGGAUUCAAUACAGAUUUCACCGGAAAAAUGAGAGUAUACUCGACUUCCCCAAUUUUCUAAUACGAAAAUAUCUUAAGCGUUCAACUGACAUUCUGAAUUAACAUUCUUUCCACUAAAGCAUUUCCGAACAGGUUUAUCAUAUUGAAAACUUUUUCCGAUGAGUUACUGCAGGUUUCAGUAUCAAAAAAGUAUUAUUUAUUGUUCAGUAUUAACAGUAAGGACGAAGACUGUACAACUCAUUCCUGCAUGCAAUACAAAGUGCCUUAUUCCACUUUACCUGUUAGGACUAUUGUAUAAAGUUAAACCAAAUCUACAUAUCUUCGUAGGCAGCUUUUACUUAAAACUUGCAUCUUCUAUUGAAUUGUUGAAAGAAAUUUCUAGAAAACUAUACAUAUUGAUCAAUUUGCAAAUAAUUUAUUUAUAAUGGGUUAUUUUCUUACCAUGAAUUUUACAUAAAAUUAUUUAAUUAUGGAUGUAUAUACUCAAGAAUAAAAGAACUCAUGAACAAAAAA